AGUCAGCCUUAUCCAGUGUGCUCUUCGCCUCCAGACGGAGUUGUAUCAUUUAUGUAGGAAGUUAAAUAUUUUCAUUUCUAAUUUUUUCGUUUGCACUAGUUUCUGGAUUUCUGGAUACAUUCCGUUUUUGUCAAGCGAUUAUCCAGAGCAAAUGGGAAGUACAGUAACAGUGAUAACAGUAAAAUAUUUCAGUGAUAAUUAGUUCAAAUUUCAAUUAGUUUUAAAUGGAAUUUAUGUACAAAAAUGUUGAACCCAAUGCUUAUUAUAUCGCUAUUCAACAAAAUGUAUUGAUUUAGCCUAAAAAAAACGUGCUGCAGUUGUGUCCGAUAAACAACAGUGUCGUGUGGUUAGAUAAUCUUUUAAAGCGUUUAGUGGUUCUUCGUUAACCGAGAAUUUAAGACUCAAUUCGGGCUUCUUGAAAUUAUCUUUUUUUUAAAUUAUUUUUUCGUCAAACUUACUCACAAUGUCAAUAAUUCGGUGCUGCUUUGAAACGGUGGAGUUGCCAGAAUUUAUGGACACCAUGGCUUCCAAAUGCACUGAUUCAUGCUGUUGUGGCUGCUGCACGGCAUUACGCCCUCGAUACAAACGACUCGUCGACAAUAUAUUUCCUGUAAACGCCGAAGAUGGCUUGGUCAAGUCGAACAUGGAGAAGCUUACAUUUUACUCGCUCAGUUCUCCGGAAAAGCUGGACCGAAUCGGUGAAUAUCUGUACCAGAAGGCCACCAAGGACAUCAAUCGAAAGCGAUACAAGUUGGUAGAGAUUGCAAUGGAAGCUAUGGAUUUGUUGUUGAUGGCAUGUCACGCACAAACGUUGAACCUUUUCGUCGAAUCAUUCCUUAAAAUGGUUCAAAAACUGAUGGAAGAUUCGAAUGCCAAACUACAAAUUUUGGCGACCAAUUCGUUUGUGAAGUUCGCCAACAUUGAAGAAGAUACUCCGUCCUACCAUCGACGAUAUGAUUUUUUCAUAUCGAAGUUCUCGUCGAUGUGCCAUGGUAACAAUGACAACAUCGAGUUGAGAGACAGCAUUCGGAUGGCAGGCAUUAGAGGAUUGCAAGGAGUUAUCCGUAAAACGGUGUCCGAUGACCUGGUUGAGAACAUUUGGGACAAACAGCAUAUGGAAAAGAUUGUCCCAUCGUUGUUGUUUAACAUGCAGGUAUAUCAAAUAACGUCAUUGAAUUCAACCGAAGAAACAACUCCAUCGUCACCGCCCGUUUUGGCCGAGGCAGUGUUGCGUGAGCUUGUCAGUCGAGCCUCAUUCACUCACAUCAAAUCCGUGCUCCGACCGCUGCUGACUCAUUUAGAUCGUCAUGAUUUGUGGUCGUCAAAUCACUUUGCUAUACACACCUUCCGCAUCGUUAUGAUCUCCAUUCAACCGCAAUACUCGUACACCGUGGUGGAAACGUUAAUGCAACAUCUCGAUCAAAAUAUGAAAUCAUCACCACGCACCAAAACGUCGUUGGCCGUUGUGCUAUCGAAAAUUAUUGCCAUUGCAGCUGGCGAAAGUGUUGGCCCGUCGGCAUUGGAUAUCAUUAACAAUUUGCUGACACAUUUGCGUACGAGUACGUUAAGUACGCAGAACGAGUCGGUUAUGAGCGACGAGUCACAAUAUCAGGAAGCUUUGAUCAACGCACUCGGUGAAUUUGCGAAUCAUCAUCCGGAUUAUCAGAAAAUUGAGAUCAUGUUGUUCAUCAUGAACACAGUGCCUGAUCUAUCCAAGACAAGCAAAGGCGAUCAAAUGCUACAGAACAUCCUGCUGAAGAGUUUGCUGAAGGUUGGCGUACAGUAUCGCACCAUAUCAUUCGAGAAAGCAUUCCCCGUCUCAUUUCUCCAACCAUUGCUACGAAUGGCGCGCGCUCCUCACAUCCCCACCCGGCUUAUUGUGAUGCAAAUAUUCCAAGCGCUGCUUGAUCGUCAUCAGAAUCAGUCAGUUCUAAAUGUGGUGAGCAUUCGAAAUUACGCAACGCUAAGUCUGGAGAAUCCAUCACGUUCCGACAUCAUAUUCACGCAUAAAUAUGGUUCGAAUAUUAUGCGAGCGUUGCUGGACGCGCUGUCAUUGGACAAUAGUGUGGAAGCGAUGAAUUCCGCGUACAACACAGCUGCAUUGAUGAUAGCGGAAAUGUGUUGUGGUGAAUCGAUUCAAGAAUUUUUGUUGUUCAUCCUGGGAAUUCAACAAAUUGCGAUAGCGAACAGCGAACUGACCUACACUCAUAAGUGUAAUUUGCAUGCAAUUGCUGUGUCAUUGUUGGCAUUACUCGGACGAGUGACUGGCGUUAACAAUAUCAUGGAAUAUUGUGAUAAAAUCAUCGAGAGCCGUCAGGAAGAAGCGAAUCACUUGUUACCAGGGCUAAUGGAUCCGGACAAAGACGUCAUCGAUAGUUCUAGCCUCAAUUUGCCGCACCUUAUGAUUGACAAGCUUGCACUGUCCGAGUGUCUACAAAACGCCGGCAUGGAAAAUACCCGAAUUCAAACCGAUGCUCCAUACAGUCUUAAUCAACUGGAUCAAUCGCAUCAACGACAUUCUUGGGUCGAAACGCGAGGCAGCAUUGCCGAAUUCAACAGUUACGCGGACAGCGACAGUGUGAACAGCUCUCCGGUAUUACCAAAGAAGCCCGUCAUUAUUGAACUAAAUUUCGAUGCGAUGAAACGAGCAUUGGCCGAACCGACCGAAGCAUCCAAACGUGAAGCGCGUGAAAAGCAACAGCAGCUGGUGAAGACGUUCCGUGAUUCGAAUUUCGAUGAUUUGAUGCGACGAACUGAACCGAAGCAUGAAGUGAUACAGAAUCGCUUGAAUGAUUUGUUCAAUUCGCUGGCAGUGGAGCGACAAAUCACUCAGGAUCACAAGAGCCAACAGUCGAACAAGCCCAUUUAUGAGAAACAUUUUCCGGAACUGUUUUAUUAUUAGAAAGUGUUGUUGGUUGUGUGGUACACCCACACAAAAUUUGUUAUAACGGUGGUGAUGUAACUGGAAGAUGAUUCUCGCGCGCAUCAUAUAGAAUGUGAUGGUGUGUGGGGAUUGCGGUGGAACAGGCUGAAUUUAAAUUAAUAAUUUUUAUCUUGUUACUGAGCCUUUAAAUAUUUAUUGCUGUUGGUCUUUCAGAAUUUUAAAUAAAUGUGUCGUAGUGGUGGUGUUUGGGUUAUAAUUACACUCAACACACUAAAAUUGGCAAAAUUGAA